GUGACAGCGGAUAAUCAAAACAGGAACAAAAUGGCUGCAACUGGGGACGAAGCCGCAGCAAUGGACAGCAUAUCUAGGGAGCCUACAGCCCUCUCCGCGCCUCUGAACGCGGCUAGCAGCAGCAGUGGUCCGGAGGAACGACCGGAGGAAGCAGCUGAAAAUCUGGUACCUGCUCCUAAGAAACCCGGCACAAACAGUGAUGGUGGCGUGGAGACAGCAGAGGAGGCUGUGGAGCCAGCAGAGCCCGAUAUUAAUGAGCUGUGCACCGAUAUGUUUGAAAAGAUGGCCAUCUUCCUGCAAGGAGAAUUAACAGCCACUUGCGAAGAUUACCGUCUGUUGGAGAACAUGAACAAGCUUACAAGUUUGAAAUACAUGGAAAUGAAGGACAUCAGUAUCAACAUAAGCCGUAACCUGCAGGAUCUCAACAACAAAUAUGCUAGCUUACAGCCGUACCUGGACCAGAUAAACAAGAUUGAGGAGCAAGUAUCAGCGCUUGAACAGGCUGCUUACAAACUAGAUGCGUACUCCAAGAAACUGGAAGCUAGAUUCAAAAAACUGGAGAAGCGAUAAGAAAGAAGAGGAGGCAGAACGACGGCUCUGGCGCCUUCCUACUUUCUUUCACCCUGCUUUGCCUUCUGCUCUCCCUGCCAGCAGAGCCAGGAGCUGCAGGGAGGAUGUGAACUAAGACUGAAACAACAAACAGCUGCUUUGACACCUAAAACGACCACGGAGGAAGCAGCUGAAUGCACACAAACUGGCCUUCAGUGUUUUGCGCGGACUUCACUCUAGCAUCCCUCAUUAUAGCCAGCCAUGCAGCCAAGGAGUACAGUGUGUACUCACAACCUUUUUCAGACAUAUUUAAUCUAGAAUCAGUGUGCCUAAUCGACAAUCGACAUUGAAAUAUUGAAUAAAGUCAUACUGAUGUAGUCCUCAUCAAAAAGGAACUGUUUGGCAGGUCCAUAGGUUCAUGUGUAAUGAUGUGAUAAUGUCCCAGAUUUUUAGCCCUCUUUCACUAAUAAUUUUAGGCAUUGAUCUCUUAAGUUCCACUUCGCAAGAAAAGUCCAAAAUAUACAUUUGAGUACUAUGUUGUCACAUUUUUAUUUCUGGCAGAAUUAAUAGAGCCAUAAACUACUGAA